AUGCAACGGAUGAUUUCAAAGUCGAACAUCACGGUGGCCUCUCCAGAUGAUCUUGCCGACCUUGCAAGGCUCCAAGAAGAGUUGGAAACGGCCCGCCAAUGCAUGAACAUAUGCACCAAAGCAGAUAGCGACUUGAAGGAGAAUGUCAGUGUGGUUGAAAAUUAUGCCACAGGCGAUGCCAUUCAGUUCAUGGUCUCGACGGACGGUAAGACGAUUCAUGGUAUGAAUCGAGGAUUGGGAUGGAGGACGAGGCAAAUUGGAGGAUAUCUUAGUGAUGCCACUGUGGUACAGCUCUCACAGGAUAUGUCAAGGAUCAAUGUUCAAGGCCUCCGGAGUUCUGGUGAAUUCCCGCAAAGCAGCUCAGAGAGUGAUGCUGUUCCUGGGAAUUGGCAGCGACAUGGGCCUGGUUUUCGACUUCGCGCAAAGCCUAUUCCAGAUGGUGUUCCGCCGGUUUCAGACUCGGCGAAAUCGAUGCAGUAA